AUGAAGAGGGGACGAAAUGCUGCUGCUGUUGCUGCAGCAGCAGCAGCAGCAGCAGCAGCAGCAGACCAGUCCGAGACCUCAGAGAUUCCCAGGUCGCUGCUGUCGAGAUGCAGCAGCAGGAGGAGCAGCUGCUUCUCAAGCAGCGAUGAACGCGCCAGCAGCAAGAGCAGCAGCAGCAACAGCAGCAGCAGCAGUAGCAGCAAUCAGAGCCUGCAUCAGGCCCUUGGUGGCUUUCUCCCAGUCAAGGGUGAGCAGUCGCUGCAGCAGCAGCAGCAGCCGCAGGAGCUGCAGCACGUAAAACGGCGUCGUGGGCGAGCUGCUGCUGCUGCUGCCUCGCGUCUUGCUGCAGAUCCUUCAGAUGCAGCAGCAGCAGCAGAUGCAGCAGCAGCAGCGCAGGAAUUGCCCUCUUGGCUGCAGCUGAUGCUAGGGACGUUCAAGUUGUACAUACACCGCAGCAUAUCCCUUGCUGCUGCUUUGCAGCGUUUAUCGGGUUUGCUGCAGCAAGCUGCUGCUGCAGGCUCCGUCUGCAAGCGCAGCCAGCGCAACAGAAGCAGCAACAGCAACAGUAGCAGCAGCAGCAGCAACCAAGAAGUGGAUUUGAACCAGUUCUCAGAGGCUGUCUUCCGUCUUUGCUGCCGCCUCUUGCUGCUGCUGCCGAGGAUGCCGCAGCGCGAGGGGCACCGCAUUGCUGCGCUUCCGCUGCAGCUGCUGCUGAGGACGGAUGAGCUUGCUGCUGCUGCUGCUGCUGCUGCGGGGGACACUCACAAAGCUGCCGGUGGUGCAGACGAGAACAACAACUCGCAGCAGCAGCAGCAGCAGCUGCAGCAGCAGCAACAAAUGCACAAGCAGGAAACCGACGAAGCCCCGGAGCAGCAGUAUCCGCUCCUACACGGGCUGUGGGGACGCUUGCUGCCGCUGUUGAUGGCAAAGCAGCGGCCGGUGAGGUUGGGCGCCGCAUGUUUGCUGCUGCAGCUGCAGCAGCUGCUGCAGCAGCAACAACAAACAGCAGAAUUGAGGCCAGCCCCAGGAUCUCUGCUGCAGCAGCACGUGCAGCAGUGUCUCGCCUUCAUGCAGCAAGGAAGAGACCCGCAGCAACGACAGUUUGCGCUGCUGCUGCUGGAGAAUCUGCAAACGGAACCAACAGUGAGGGCAGCAUUUCUUCAGUCUCUAACCGAUGAGUCACCUGCGGUGCGGCGUGUUGCUACGAAGCGGCUGCUGCUGCUACAGCACAAGCCGCAGCAGCAGCAGCAAGAGGCAGCAGAGCCGCAGCAAGCUGACCAACCAAAGCAGCAGGAGAAGCAGCAAGAGCAAAUGCAGCAGGAGCAGCAGGAGCAGCAGCAGCAGCAGCAGCAGCAGCAACAGCAAACAGAGACAGAAGAAGCACCUCAUGAGCUGCAGGCAAGGGCCUUUGAUGCAGCUGCUGAGGUGCGAGCGGCCCUCUACAGCAAACUCGCAACGGCUGAAGGCGCAGUGACACCGCAGAAGAGGACUGAGUUAAUAUUAGUUGGAUUAAACGACAGAGCAGCCUCCGUGAGGGGAAGCUGCCUCAAGAUGCUGCGCACGUGGGUGCAGCAGAGGGAUCUGCUGCUGCAGCAGCAGCAACAGCAACGGCAACAGCAGCAGCAGCAGCAAGAGCAGCAGCAGCAAUGCAAGCGGGAGGAGGAAGAGCAGCAGCAGCAGCAGGAUCAGCACGAGGACCAGAAAGCCGAAGAACAGCUGGUGCAGGAUCCUUUAGAGGACAAGAAGCAGCAGCAGCAGCAGGUGCAGCAGCAGCAAGAGCAGCAGGAACGGUUGCAGUUUGCUGCUGCAUGCGGCGGUCUUGUUGCUUUUAUUGAAGACAUGGGGGAGUGCCUCCCAGCAGCAGAAGGCGCAGUAGAGCUCGCAGUCAAGGAGCUCCUCUUGGCCUUUCCUAACGACAGUAAAACCCCUGCUGCUGCUGCUGCUGCUGCUGCGUCUGUAGCUGCUUGUGCUGCUGCUGCGUUUGUCGCUGUCGCUGCUGCUGCUGCUGCUGCGUCUAUCGUUGCUGUUGCCUCUGAGUAUGAUGGUGCUGCUGUUAGUGCUGGCGCAUAUCUCGCUGCCGGUGUUGGUUCUGUCUUGCUGCCGCUGUUCAUCAGGGCUGCUGCUGCUGCUGCUGUUGGUGCUGCUGCUGCGAAGUUUUUGUCUGCCGUUGUUUCCUGUGCUUUAAAGGCCGCCACAGCCUUUAGCCCAGCAGCAGGGAUUCGGCGGCUGCUGGAGCGGCGCGGGGCGAAGUGUUUGAGUGAAUUAACACCAGGGGCGGUCUUCCUUCUCCGGGUGUACGCGGAGCACCUGGCGACGCCCGCCGAACGGUGCAACAUAGACAUUUCGCAGUUGCAUGAGCUGUUGGUGCGGCUGCUGAAGGCAGCGCAGCAGGUGGAGCAGCAGCAGUUGCUGCUGCUGCAGCAGAUGGCGUCCGCUGCUGCACCCGAUGCAGCAUGCGAGGCUUCCUUACUCGAAGCCCAGAGAGAGGCUGAAAGCCACCAACUGACGCUGCUGGGGUGUGUCCGGCAGCUGCUGCUGCUGGCUUGCUGCUGCGGGAUUUCAUCCCCAGAUACAGACCGUCUCCUUGAAGAAGCAUGCGAGCUAACGCUGUCUUCCGCUCCCCUGGUGGAUGUGAGGCGGCUGUUGCUGGGCAAUUUGAGCCCCGCAGAGCAGAGCAUUUCCCCAUGGCCUGGCCGGAGCAGCAGCAGCAGCAGCAGCAGCAGCAGCAUCGCCACCCAAGGGGGCUAUUCUUUAUGGCCUGCAUACUGGCUGAGCAAUACAGCUGCUGCUGCGGCAGUGCAGCUGCUGCUGCAGCUGCAGCGCCGGCAACAUCCGCAGCAGGUGGAGGCCGAGUGCGGCCUCACAGCUAAAAUUUGUUCCUGUCUCGCCGAGCUGCACGAACCUCUUGAAACGGGUUCCGAUGAGGCCGUGCUGCAGGAGUUGUGUACUGGGAGUGAGGGGGACCCUUUUGGCUUCAGCCCUCGCCUCUGCAGCACGCAGGUGCUGCAGCAGCAGCAGCUGCUGCUGCAGCACCGGCUCGUGGCGCUGCAGCAGAAAGCAGUUGAGCUGGCAGAGCUGUUGCAACAGCAGCAGCAGCAGCAACAGCAACCCCGCAAGAAACAAAAGCAGCAAGGAGACAGUCAGGUGCUGCGGGCGCUGCAGCAGCAAAUCAGCAACAGCCAAGAGACCUACGGCCGCCUCGCGCCUAUCUAUCUCAUCAUAAGCAAUGAGUUGCACCAGCGCUGGCUGCGGGUGGUAUCGACUCUGGACGCAUACUUCGCCCGCAGCAGCAGCAGCCCCGAGGUAGAUGGGGCCCUCACGGAUCUUCCGGUGUCUCUGCUGCUGCCAGCGCUGCAGUUCUUCUGCAACGAUGAAGAAGGCAUUGCAGCGCGCUGCUGCUGCUGCAGCGAAUGCCUCGGAUCCAGCAGCAGCAGCAGCAGCAGCAACAACAACAACAGCCGGGCUGAAUGCUGGCAAAGGAGCAGCAAGACUUGGAGGGACUGUCUCUACAGGGUGCUGCCGCGGCAUGAACUCCACAAUGACCUGUGUGAAAUCCUUGUUUGCAAGAGCUUAGGGUGCUUCUGUCUCCGAAGCAGCAAAGAACAGGAGAUAGCAAAUCAGUUGCGGGCCUACAAGGCCACGCUGCUCACCUCUCUCGAACAAAUGCAGGCUGCUGCUGCUGCGCUGCAGCAGCUGCAGCACGAUAUGCAGCUCUUCCAGAUGCGCCACAACCACCACACACAGAGGGCGCAGCAUCUCCGCCAGGAGCUGCAGCAGCAGCAACAGCAGCAGCAACAGGAGCAGCUGCAGAAGCAGCUAGCCAAGGCAGACGCAGCGGCUGCUGAAGCAGCACAAAAAAUGCAGGAGGCAAUCGAACAGUCUAAACAACACGAGAGGGACUUCGCUGGGCACACGCAGCGCUGCGAACUCUAUGUUGCAUUUUUGGGGGAUUUGCUGCUAUGCCACCCGUCUAUGCUGCGCCGGGAAAUGGCUAAGCAGCAGCUGCAGCAGCAGCAGCAACUAGAGGAGCAGCAGGAGCAGCAACAGGGAGGGGAGGCAACAGCAACUGCAGCAGGAGAGUGCCUGCUGGACCUGCUGUGGAAGGUUGUCACUGCAACAGAAGCAGCAACAAAAAGGCUGCAAUCAUUUGCUCUUCGAGUUCUGAUGAAGUUGCUGCUGCUGGGCCUCGUUCUUCAGCAGCAGCAGCAGCGACACCAGCAGCUGCACCAAGAGCAGCAGCAGCAAGAGCAGCAGCAGCAAGAGCACCAGCAAGCGAUCUUGGCGGCAAGACUGGAAGUGCUGUUGGAGGCUCUUUACCUGCAGCCUGUGCUGCAGCACCAAUACAGAGAGCACGAAAAAUAUAUAAUGUCGCCAACACUUGUUGGGCUUUCAGCUGAAGACAAGAACAGCAUUGCUUGCUGCUUGUCUCUUUGCCUGUCUCCUUCUCUACCAGGGGGUCCUCAGGGGCCCCGUGCGACUGCCUUGGGGGCCCUUGCUGCUGCUACGCAGCAGCUGCUACGGCGGGGCCUUCGCGGAGUGUUUGAGCUGCAGCAGCUGCAGCAGCAACUGCAGCAGCAGCUGCAGCAGCAACGCAGUAAACGCGGUGACGAAGAUGUAGCCGUACAGGUUGCGGAUGCAGCUGCAGCUGCUGCAGCAGCAGCAGGAAAGCCCGAGGAGUUGGAGAGACUAGCAGCAGCAGCAGCAGGUGCUGCUGCUGCACCCCGAGCAGCAGAGAUGAGGGAUGCAGUUCCUGCUCUACCUCAGCUGCUGCGAGGGCUUCGCAAGCUGCUGCAGUUUUGCUUUGCAUCGCUGCAGCAGCUGGCAAAUGCAGAAGCAGCAGAUAGCCUCUCUAGACCUCAACAAAACGAUAUGACAGAACCAGAGGAAGACACUUGGUCUUGUGCUGCGUUUGUGGAGACACUCUUUCUGCUGCUGCUGCAGACGGAAGAAUUGCUGCAGCCCCUCUUGCUGCUGCAGCAAAGCACCAAAUUUCUUGAUUUAAUUCCGGCUGUCAUUGCUCUCUGGCUAGACCCUCCAGCAGCAGCAGCAGCAGCAGCAGGGAGCGCCCCCGAUUCGAGAGAGAGCAGCGCGCCCACCAGCGAGACGCAGCAGCAGCAGCAGCAGCAGUCUUUGUUUGAGCUCUACAGGAAGGCCAGCCCAGACACAGCUGAAUGCCUUUUGCUUGUUGCUCAGCGCAUUCUCAGAAAUGUUGUCGAGUUGGUUCGGGGGGCUCCGGGGCCCAUCGUUUCUAAGCGCUUGGCCCUGAAGGCGACUGAAGGAGCCUUGCAGCGUGUCAAUGCUGCUGCUGCUGCUGCCAGCAGCAGCAGCAGCGGUGGAGGCGUAGUCAAGACCGAGCCCUCAGCUGCUGCUGCAGCACCAGCCGACAGCAGCAAACACAGGAGGGCAGAAGCGCUGCAUGCGUCCCUCAAAGAAGCCAAUGAAGCCGUCUUGCUGAAACAGCAAGAGCAGCAGGAUAAUUCGCCAGAAUCUGCUCUUGUGACCUUCCCUUUGGUGCUGCUGGAGGCACAGCAGCGGCUGCUGCUGCAGCAAAAAGAGCUGCAGCGGGAAGAACAGCUGCUGCAGCGGGAGGAGCUCCAGCAGCAGCAGCAGCAGCAAGGCAAUCUGCGGCGCUCCGGCCGACUCCAGAACUCAGCCACCAGCCCCAGAGGAGCUCGCACUAGCCGCAGCAGCAGCAGCAGUAGCAGCAGCAGCGAAGAGGAUCCUAUCGAAGAGGUGGAGGCGGAUGUCCCCAAGCCCAAGACAAAGCAAGAAACUAAAAGGAGCUGCUGCAGUGCUAGACUUACCUCUUUCUGUGGCUGUGCAAUUCGCAGCAGCUGCAACAGCAGCAGCAAGAGCAGCAGCAAGAGCAGCAGCAAGCGACCGUCAGCGAACGGUUCUUCAGAUGAGUUCGAGUCAGCAAAGUCGUCAGACCGCAGCCCUUCGACUUGA